CAUUUCUUGUGCUCUUUAAAUAAAAAUGAGAAUAAACGAAAAUAAGAAAAUAAUAGGUGAAAAUGUUGUAUUAGUACCUUAUAUGGAGCAUCAUGUACCAAAAUAUCAUAAUUGGAUGAAAUCAGAAGAACUACAGAAAUUAACAGCCUCUGAGCCGCUUUCGUUAAAAGAGGAGUAUGAAAUGCAGCUUUCAUGGAGGAAUGAUGAUGAUAAAUGUACUUUCAUUGUGUUGGAUAAAUUGAUCCUAGAAAAAACUAAUGAUGAAAUAGAAGCGAUGAUAGGUGAUACAAAUAUUUUCUUGCCUGAUCCUAAUGAUUCAGCUUUAGGAGAAGCUGAAAUAAUGAUAGCAGAAUCUUCAGCUCGAGAAAAGAACGUUGGUCUAAGUGAUUGUGAAAAAAGGAAACUAAAUAGAAUAGUAAAAUAGGAGGAUAAUAAUAAUAUCGGUACUUGACGAAGGAAAACUGAGGAAUUUGUGCUGAUGAGAUUUUUUCAUGGAUAUUUUUGUAUAAGAGAAGUUGAUAAAUUAAUUACUGCAGUGGCUAUGGAUCAUUACUGAUGCAACCUGAUAGCAAAUAGUAAGUAGAGAUGUACAUGUCAUG